UAUAGAUUUCUUCCACAAUUAGAAGGCUGGAAUAAAGAAUUACUGUGUAGAAAUUGCCUUUCUGACAAGGGUGGCGGACCACAUCAUCUUUGUUCUUCAAGUACUGCGGUAAUAAAAUUAUAAAAUAAAUUGCUUAGCAUCUACAUGUAUAUCAUAGCCACCCACUAUAAAAAUUAAUAACACCAUUCUAUAGCUGCUUAGAAAUCUUUCAUCGCUCACAAUGUGAUAAUAUUACUUUGAAAGUUUAAAAUGUUUUGUAUUGUGUGAAUAAAAGUUGUAAACAAUUAUUGGAGGAGGUUUUUGUGACAUCCGGAAUAAUCGUGGUCGAGGUAAGUGUUAUCAGCCGGGCAGAAGGCCGAGGCUGGUAACACUUUGCCAAGACCUUGAUUCACGGGAUAUUACAAAAACCGAAUCUAAUAAUUGUUUUAUUAUACAUUGUUUUGACGAAAAGAAUGACAAAGACACUAUUGCAUGGAACUGAAUUGACCUUGCUGUUGGAAAUCAUGCAUUGCACAUGCAACCUACAGAUUAGCCAGUUAUCUGCUAGCAGAUAACCAACUAAUCUGUAGGUUGUGCUGAUUUCCAAAAUUAACUGUAGGCUGUUAGCCAUUGAGAAGAUAGAUAGUGAGUACAUUAUGUAUACUAAUUAUAAUUAUUGUUCUAUUGCUCAGGUGCACAAUGUAGAAUCUCGUUGGGUUAAUCUUCUACUCAAGAUGGCUGAUCAUGAUGUACCCACCACUGAGGCUCUUCCAUCACAAAAUAGGAUGACUCAAAUCCGUGAAAUGUUGAGUACAGCAGUUAGAAUGAGGAGAACAGAUUCUUCUGGUGACCUUAUGCCAAAUGUUGGGGGGGGUGUACUCCCAUGAAUUUUGUGUGGGAGACAAACGAAAACUGAUACCCUGUUUAAAGCCCAAAACUGAAAAGUGAGGCCCACUCUAAGGAUAGAUUUAGAUACACCUGUAUAUGAGGGGUUGUUUACAUGACACCGGGACGACUUUCGUGCCGGCACGAAUUCACUCCGGUUCCCUCUCGUGGCUCUAUAUUAGUUUACAUGAUACCACCACAAAAUGUCAUGCUAGCGCGAGUCAUCCCGGCGUGAGUUCACCCCGGUUGUUGUACCAGGGCGAGAAUUUCACUCUGGUACGAAAUCUCGCAAUGGCAUCAUGUAAACGAGAAACGACCACCCGUUUCGGCGUGAAAUCGGUCUGCCAGUAGACUGGAAUGGGUAGCGCAAGCGUAAUGUUUGCGAUUUUGAAUCACACGUGGAUUUUAUCAACAUGAAGUGUACCUUCAUAUAACGAGAUAUGAAAUGACCAGUCAUCAUGUAAACGCGAUACGAAAUCAGAAAGUCAUCCCGGUAUGAAACUCACGCCGGUGCGAGUUUUCUUCUGUAAACACCCCACUAAUAAUGGUACCCUAUCUAAAGAAGGCACUGAGAACACAACACCAACAAGGACAAAAGUGAUACCCUUUAUAAGGAUGCAUGGACACCCCUUGCAGUACAAAAAAAUGGAGAACUUGAAGUUAUAUUCAGUCCUUUCCAAUUUCUAAUUUUCUUGCAGGCUGUUGCUAAAGAGGUCAGGCACUUUUACAGUGGCUUAAUGACAAAGGUAUUAAAACAUACAACUAGUGUCUCUUGAAUUGUAUCAUUUUAAUAAACUUAUAUUUGACACCAGCACAGGCACAAUGUUCAUUUGAGACUGCGAGCCAUCCCUUUUUAGUCAAUCAAGUUGUGGCUCGGCAGUUGGAAAGCAAAAGAGCUGAGAAGAAAACUGGAGAGAUGCAGAAAGUAAAGGACUGCUCUCUUCGCUUACCAACUGCCAUAUGAAAGUGAUGGGAAUGUAAAUCAUAGUGUGAGUUUAAGGGGUGUUAUUAUAAUUUGGGCUCACUAUCUGUCGUCUUAUUGUCUGACAGUCAACAGUUAGUUUUGGAAAUCAUGCAACUUUCAGCUUAGUUAGUUAUCUACUAGCAUAUAACUGACUAAUCUGUAGGUUGUGCUUGCAAUGCAUAUUUUCCAAAAACAAUGUCGUGUCAGUUUCAUUCGAUGAUGUGUUGUCAUUAUUAUCUUCCAAACAAUUAAUAAUAAAAAAUUGUUAGAUUCUGUUUUUGUGAUAUCUGGAAUAAUCAAGGUCUCGAUAAGUGUUGACAGCCUCAGCCUUUGGCUCUGCUGAUAACACUUACCUUGACCUAGAUUACUCCGGAUACCACAAAAACCGCUUCUAAUAAACAAAUUGUUUAGAAUUAGCAGAUUUUGGUCUUAGUUAGGGUGUUCAGGAUAGAGAGCUAAUACUUUUUAUCCAGUCGACUGUAUGGCCGAAUUGUCUUCUUUAGGGGUCAAUUAAAGCCUGAGCCAUGCCAGGUUUGUUCUCUUUUAAGGUUUUACAUGUAAAUCUAAUUUUUUGACAGGUGUCCCCACCAUUAAGUCGCUCUCCCUCCACCCUCCACUCCUUCGUCUGUUUCCCUCCUCUGUUGCUCGCCUGUAACAUGCCUGCUUGUGCAACAUUCUUGAGAUUCUACUAGCAAAUUAAACUAAAUGUUUAUUUUGAAACUUGCAUGUCAUGACAGGCUGAAAAACUGGCGUUUUUUCUUGUCCUCGAACGUGAUCUCGGAGUUGACCAUGAAGAAGUCAUGGAAACUGCGGCAAGCCUAUCAAAAGCUCAGGUCAGUUGCUAAAGGGAUUUUAAUUGAUUCUCUAAUGGGGCUGACCAAUUUCGGAUAUUUCUUUUUCUUCGCAUGCAAUUAUUUUCCUUUCUAAAUAAGUGACUGCUUCAGACAGGAACAUUGUAUGCAGUUGUUUUGUGGGAGUGUACUGUAUAUGGCAACGAGGAUUACUAUAUUCUAGCCAAGGACUUGAUUCUCUUGGAGAACUAAGAUUUUGUCCUUUGUCUCAGGCCCCUGCAUAUUAACGAUUGUUACAUCCUUCCCAAAACAGAUUUUUGUAGCUCAUUUUGUUGAUAAGUUUUGUAGCGGACAUUUCGCGACGUCACGACUGGUUUUCUCGCGAAACGACGCCUGAGAAACGAGCGCAGAACUUCCACUGAUGACCUGUUGCUACCCGGAUCUGGGUAGUGCCUCUGAUUGGUCGUGCCGCGUGGGAAAUUUGUUUCAACCAAUCAAAAGCACUACCCAGAUCUGGGUAAUGACGCGUCAUCAGUAUGGAAUUUCUGCGCUCGUUUCUCAGACGUCAUUUGGCGGGAAAACCAGUGACCACCAGUGGUUGCGUCGUAAAAUGUCGGCUGUUUUCUCAGGCUGUAAGAUUUUUUAUUCUAUUUUUUUUAACGGAGCAGAAAAAUGGAGUACCAGCCAUGUUGAGAGCUGAAGAUAAGCUUCGACAGGCCCUUGAGCCGGCUCAUAUCCAGUUGUUAUCGCAGAUAAGCAAGCUACAGGGAGGCGUCAAGGAUAUUGUGGACAUGAGAAAUGAUCUGCUGGUAAGAUAGAAGAGAAGGCGGAUGAAAAUGAUGUUAGGUAACAACUGAAUGCAAGUUGAUUGAUCUUUGUGUUAACUCACCUAUUGUACACAUGAAUCCACUCCCCAACGCCCACACACGUCUACAUUUUCUCCACUUUGUGUUACAAAAUUUUAACCGAAAAAAUGCUGGUUUAGUGUUCUUUGUUCUAAAACGUGUUGUAUCAAGGGUUGUCGUUUUUGACCGUCGUACCAAAGAACUUAUCAAGAAGUGUGCGAGUUAACCAAAGAUAUGGUUCAGAAUACUUGCGGUGGGUAAGUUGACCAUGUUUCAAGCUGUAGAACUACUGUCACAUUAGGAAAAUAAAAAUAAGCCAAACCUUAAACCAUCAAUGUAAAAAUGAACUGAUCAGUCGUCCUUAUUAAAGGAGUUGGCUACAUUUAUGUAUAGAAACACUGAUCAUCAAAGCAACGUUCUCAGUUUCGUUGAGUCACAGACUUCGGUUACGACCGGCAGUUCGGCACGUUUUUGAACAGUAAAAUUCUAGUUGACUGGCAGAUGCAAAAGGUUAAAUGUGAAGUGUCUUUUAUUACCAAGGAAGGAUUGAACGAUGAGAAAGACCCUGUUGCCAGACAAGAGCUUCAGGCUUUAAGCACCUCCAUCAAGAAUUUACUGGCUCAAUGGUUUGCAGUUGGAUUGUUGGAUCUUAAACAAGUCACGUGGGAUUCACCUGGAAGCAUUCUUGAAAAGGUGCUUACCCGAAAUCGAUCUUUGUUUUUGUUUUUCUUCUUGUCGUUGUUAUUGUUUGCGAAUUAACGUUGCAUAAUUAUGCUAAAACUCAGAACGCCGGAACAGCACAGAAAACCUGGCAGAAGAUAAAAUGAACACACCGUACUAAUCUGGACUUAGAAGUAAAUACUGUAGUAGUUAAGUAGACGGCCAGUGUGAAUAGAAAUUUACUCGGGUGCAGUUACGGGGAUAAUGCACCAAGGUGCCGUUGCCAGUCAAUGUUGAUCAAUUACUGUUCAGCAAUCAGUCACACUGGGGUAGACCCUCUCUCCCCAGCCCUCACGCGGCUUUUCGCGCUUUUUUCUCGAUCCGUACUCCCCUGGAACAGGCUAAAGGAAAGCUUUUCUCACAUGUCUUAGUACAUGCUCGUUUCUUUUAGAUUAUACGUUACGAGGCAGUACAUUCUAUGUACGGCUGGGAAGAUCUAAAGCGGCGGCUUGCUCCUGACAGGCGGUGUUAUAUCUACACUCAUCGCUCAAUGCCUGGGGAGCCUGUGGUAGUCUUACAUACAGCCUUGGAAUAUGAAAUUUCUGAUAAUAUUCAGGUUUGUUUAAUAACAGUUUGGUUGAAACAUCAUCGCAGUUUAAAAUGAAUCAUGGUGUAGAGGCGAUUUUACUUACCUUCUCGGAAGAAAGGAAUAUGGUUAGAAUUAUCCGGAGUAUUGAAAACUCGGGAUAAAAUUGUAGUGUUUAAUUACGAAGGAAAGUUAUAGUUUUGGUUUGAAUUAUCGAGAUUUUCAAGAAACCGAGGGUUCGACGAAUCAGGAUUCUUCUGUACAACCUGUUUUUACGGCAGUGAAACCAGGCAUUUGUUUCGCUGUUUAGUUUUUCAUGUCUUGAAUNAAAGUUAUAGUUUUGGUUUGAAUUAUCGAGAUUUUCAAGAAACCGAGGGUUCGACGAAUCAGGAUUCUUCUGUACAACCUGUUUUUACGGCAGUGAAACCAGGCAUUUGUUUCGCUGUUUAGUUUUUCAUGUCUUGAAUCGUGAAGUUUCCACGAGCCAAAAGAAAACACAUGCAUAAGAGGCUACAUGUACUCUAGGGCGCUCUCUCUUUUCUUGACUUUCUAAUUUAGUACACCAAAGUAAACAUUUCACAGUGAUUCGUGGGUAAAGCAAAGUAGGAAAACGCAAGUCUGGAAAUUUCUUUGGCACCAUUGCUUCUGCUGCACAUAAUUUUUAUUAUACGAAGGCAGUGAUGUAGUUUAGUUGUUAUCAGAACUUUUUAUUUUUUAUCCAGGUUAUACUGAGUGAACCAGAGGUUGAUAGAGACGAGUAUGAAUACGAACUGGAGAAGAGGACAACAGCUGUAUUUUAUUCUAUUACCUCGACGCAGAAAGGUAAUAUUGAGCAUCUUAUAGUAUAUGGACAUAGUUCCGCAACUGACAGAAUCCUCUUGACUCUCUCUUAACGGACACCUUUAGAAGACCGACAUCUCAGUAAAACGGACAGCUAGAGUUGGUCUCUGCCUUAACUUUACUCCCUUUAUUUGACUCUCUAUAAUACGGACACUUGGUACCUUUCCAAAGGUGUCGUCUUAGAGCGAGCUGAAUGUAUGCCGCAAGUCUUGAAAAACAAGGAAUUAGUUUAGUUGACAGAAUCCUCCGUUUUGACCCCAAAAUCUGGUUAUGGAGACUUUUUCUCUUUUUGCACAAGGUCUAGUCCGUAAGUCUCAAAAAUGGCCAACAUCAAUUUUUUCUUUACAAUAUCAACACAUAUUGAAGAGAAAAGGUUAUGAGAAUGAAAUUAUAACUUAAGGGAAAGUGCUUAGCCUGCGACAAGCUCUCUGGGGUGCUCUGGCAGAGGGGCAGGAAAAGGAAGGAGAGAUUGCAACUACGGUCUCUGGAAUUUGAAUUCCACCUCCAGUUCCCCUGUGACUCCCCGUCGACUGAGCUGUCAGAUUUCCGCCAAUCAGCGGGAGGCGGAAACGAGCGCGAAUGUAAACAAACAUUGAGAAACACGUGCCAAGGGCAAUGACGUCAUUACUAAUGUCAUCUCCACCAAUCAGUUCUUUGCAUCGACUUUUUCGAUGUAGAUAUUCAAAUUCUAGAGACGUAGUUGCAAACUCUCCUUCCUUUUCUCGCCCCGCUGCUAAAGUGCCCCUGAGAGCUUUCUCGCUGGCUAGGAAAUGCUCUAAUCUGUUAUCAAAUUCUCUCAACUAAUUAUUUAAGUCGGUGUAUGGAGAUAUGUCAUGAGUAUGUGGGUAUUGGGGUGAAUGGGUUAAGUCAAGCCUCUUCGGCAUUCUUUCAGAUGGUUUCGUAAACGAAUAAAUUAUUAUCGAUCCUUUUAAAAGCUGAUCGAGGCUUUGUUCACUCUAUACCGGAUAGCUUUUGCGCCGGCACAAAAACCAUCAUGACUGGCUGUGACUUCUGUUCAUACAUAAGAACUGUAAUUUCGGCGCGAUUUCUGUAACCGAACGAAGCUGCGCUGCGCCGAUCUAGAAAGUGGUGAGUCACAUAUCGGAUAGGUGUUCAUACUCGGUAUCCAGUAUACACUGUAGUGUUAAAAUAGCCUAAGACAAUACUCUUGGGUUGAAAAUGGUAAAAUCGUAGCUGGCGCGGAUCCACACCGGUUUCAACCGUUUUACGAAAAUCGGUCACAUUUUUCAUAUUAAAUAUAUUUUUAAUAAUAAAAACACUUUCCAAGUUGAAAUCUGGCCAACAUCCCGCUUGAAUGACUCGAAGACCCAGGAAAGGGGACUUUAAGGAAUAAAAAUCCAAAACAUUUCAUGGGGGAGCCCGCCCCGGACCCCACUAGAAGCUUGCGCCUUCAGCGCUCGUUUAGGAAAUAAGUCAGUAUUUAUCCUAGAUCCGCGCCUGCGUAGUAAGGUUGUUGUUGUUAUUGUUUUCCUGCAGGACUUAGUGGUGUAGAUCUUGGUAAUUUUCUAAUAAAACACGUGGUAGAGCAGUUACAGCACGAGUUUCCAAACAUCACGCAGUACUCAACACUGUCUCCGAUUCCUGGGUUUAGGCAGUGGCUUAAAUUACAGAUAAGCCACGCUAUAGACCAGCAAGGUAGGACCCUGUAUAAAUAUUCAUAUUUACUGACCUUAGAACAACGGCUCCUGGUGGAAUACGCGGUGGCCAAGUUUAUGGCUAGUGCUUUGAACUCCGUAUUUAGAUGUCCGGCUUCGCUCCCCGCUGGGGUUAUCAGGGAGCUUAAAUUACAACAACGGCAACGAAAACGGCAAAAAAAGCAACAGGUUUAAAUUGGCAAAACGACAACGCUGAACGUACAUCACGCUUUUUUGCACAUUUCUUUGCCGUCGUUGUUCGAUUAGGACGUAAAACUGCAUCCUUUCACAUUUCGUUGAGGACUUGAACACACAAGGCAACGAUUUUCUAAAUUAUUUUUUGAUUAAGAUACAGUCCUUUAGAAUUCAAGCCCAGAAAAAUCUCGCCAACAUUUGACAAAUUGAAAGACAUGGAUCUUGAGCGAUGAAUUUUGAAACAUGGUAUAUUCAGUUGUUAAGAGACGUCUUCGUCGUCCUCGUUGCUUCAAGAGGAAGCUUCCUGUUAUGUUGUGUUCUUGCACAAGACACCAUUAUGGUGCCUCACUUCACCCAUUGACCCUUUUAAUUAGUAGGAGUGACUAACAUCAAUUUUUUUCUUACAAUAUCCUUACAUAAUCAAGAGAAAAGGUUAGGAAAACUACAGGAAAAUGCUCUGAUCAAAUAUUAAAUUCUUUCAGGAAAUGUAUGGAGAUCUUGGAGCCAUUGUUGCAAAUUACGCGAGGCACCCAAACAAACCCUAGGGAACUUAAGCAAGGACGUUUUGAAGCGACACAAGUCAACCGAAAGUGGCCGUUUUGCAUUACUAAGCAGCAAUUUUUCCCUAUUUUCUGGUAAUUCGUCUCAGUAAGAGUAAAGAUACUUAGCAAUACAUAUUUGGUAGCGUCAAGGCAUAUUAAAAGAGAAAAAGGCUCACUUCCGGUUGACGUGCGUUGCUCAAAAACGUCGUUGCUUAAGCUCCCGUAUGUCAUCAUUUGGACCGGUCAGGCCGCGAACUAAGCCGUGAACCAUUUUUGCGAGCAGUUUGCGUCUUAUGUAAGCCGUACUCGUAUAAACGGUCCCUUUCGUGUCUUAUGUAAGCCGCGGCUCUUUUUUCUCUCGUACAAACGACCCUAAUGAAACGAGGUCGAGGCUGGGUGGACAAUUUUUUACACAGCACUGUAUGUUGUCAACCCAAGCCUGGAAUUGGUGCCUUUGUUCACGGAAAUGCAGGAUCCACCUAUUGAACUGGCUGUUUGUCGCCUAAUAAACUUUUCACCAUAGGACCAGCUUCAUAGUUUUCAUCUUUCUUGAAUGAAAGAUUUCUUCAUUUUCUUGACAGAAAAUGAUCUUCCCCAAACUCUUCUUUUGGAAGAUGAACAAAAACAGAUUCUUGAAGCUCGUCAAAAUACGGACAUGUCUUCGCUUGUAGUGUUUAAGGUGGGUAUACAUGUGGCAUCCUUUGCUGUGUUUUUCCUGCUGAUAACUUAUUUAUUUAUUUAUUCCUCCAACUCCUAGCUGCGUGAUACAUAGUUAUGUAAAUAUAACUGAGAAAAAUAAUAAUAGUAACAGAUAAAGAUUUACAAAGGAAAAAAGACGCGUAAAAUAGAAAUUACAACACUUAAAUUGAAUUACAUUGUAUAUUGGAAGGAGAGGAGAGGGGCACAUCUAGAUAAACUAAUAUUGUGCCCCUUAAAGUUAUGUAUAACAAAGGACUUAAGAUUAUUAAUAAAAAAGUAAACCAAAAAUGACAAAUAGCUCAGAAAGUUAUAAAAGGGAUAUUGAUUCAUUAGUAUUGAGCCAGGUAUUAGCGUAAAAGUGCUUUUUUAAACAUUUUUUAAGAUGGUUUGUCUCUAAUGCAUUGCAGAAUAACCUUCCAAAAGAAACUUCCAAUAAUGCUGGGGCAAAAUCUCCUAAGAUUAGUUCGAAAUAAAGGUAUUGCAACUUGAUUGGAUGAUGCACUGCGGGUACUGUAAUUAUGUAGUUCAAAUACUAAUGAAACAGGUAUAUUAGGAAACUUUUCAUGGUGGAAAUAAUCAUAAAAAAGCAUACAUGUGUUCAGUUUAACAAUAUCAGGAAAUUUCAGAAGGCCUAAGGAUGUGUAGUGUGGAGUUAUUGAUUCCAUUAAAGGAACAUCAUUUAUAACACGAACCGCUUUGUUUUGUAACUUUACGAUUUGAGACAAUGGACUUAGUUGUUCCAUGUUAUCAAAAUAAGGGGCAUGAUGCCCAUUAUUUAGGUAGACUUUGACCAUUGCCUCAAUCUUUGCGCUAAAAAUCGAUGAAGUCGCCAUCUUGGAUUAUGAGACAUAAUAGGGAGCUUUAGCAUCGACAACGGCAACGGUAGCAAAAAAAAUUCCCGUUUUUUUCAAUCGUUGUCGCGUUUAUUCCAAUUUGCAGAAAAUGGUAAGUGCAGGCGAAUUUCCCUGGAGUUGAUUUCUUGAGGACCGCACUCAAGUUUAGAGAGAGGAAAAGAGAUUCGUCGUCGCUUGUUUACGUCCUCCAUAAAACUUGCAAUUUGGCAUUUUCACGUCGUAGUCGUGCAAGGACGGUGAAGAAAUGUACAAAAAAGCGUGAUGCACGUGCAAAGUUGUUGUUUUGCGUAAUAAACCUAUUGCUUUUUUGACGUCCUGGUUCCCGUCGCCGUCGUCGUUGCUAAAGCUCCCUAUUGCUCUGGGUACGGUGAGGUGAUGAUGAGAAUCCUUGGGGAUUGUGUGGGUGUCGCGUUCUUCGCAUAAUCCAAGAUGGUGACUACAUGCUCAAAAGUAACGGCUCAACGGUUCUCAGCCAAAACCUAGAAAUACUGCUAAAAGUCUAUCAUUUGCAAAUAGCCUUGUUCGACAGACUUGCAGCAGGUUAAUCAUAAAAAUAUCUUUCUUCCUUCUGUAGGAGAUCUUGGAGACCAGUGAUUGGCAUCGCGACCCAGCCAUAUCUAACUGCUUGAAGUCCCCUCUGCUGCGCUUGUGUGCCAGGUACCUGAUGGGCUGCGAUUCAAAUUAUUAAAGCAACUGCUUCUCAAAAUCCUUGAAACUGAAGAUGAGUUUAUUGUCAAUACCAUCAAAACAAUUUGAAAUCAAAGAAGACCUCGAGAGAACGGUUCAGUUUUAUUUAAAAUUACUCUGCCAUGACACUGUAAAUCAGAAAAAUCUGUUUUAGCCUAAAAGUGGGGCCGUUUCGGUGGGUAAAAUUCAGUCCUAUUUUUAAGUCUGGUUCGGCUCCGUUAAAUCAGGGCUAAUACGGUCCAAUUACCUAGGGCUAAUGUGGACCCGAGGGGCUGAAAUGGGUCCCAGCGUAGGCUGGAGUAGCCUUUUGAUGGGGCUGUUAUGGCUUAAUUUGUGUUCAAAUGGAUUCGGAGGGGCUGAAUCAGACUUUGGCCAGCCGGGCUGAAUUGGCACUUUCUAAUUUUCAGUGUUGCACUUAGCGUCCCACGCAGGCGUUUUUAGGGGAGGGAUGAAAAACGAACUCCCCAAAAAACGUUUGCGUGGGAGGCUGUGUUGCACUAUACCUCAACUAUAAAUGCUAUAAAUGCAUGUCACGGCUUUGGCUUUUGAUUGCCAGUAUGGAAACGGAUCACAACUUGUAAAACUUGGGUAACUUUUUAAAUUUAAAGCCCUUUGCUUUAGAGAAAUGGCGAUAAAUCAAUUAUGCUUUGUUUUCGCUUUCUGUUAGAACUAUUUCGUAUCAUUCAUUUAGAGUUCCGAGUACGAUUUAAGCUCGGCUUUGACGCCAAAAAAUCAUAACAUGCCCCCUUUAAACUGAUGGAUUGAUUAAUUGGGAGAGGCGGAGGCUGUUACAAAUUCCACCCUCCUUUCAGUAUGACCAAUCGGAAGUAACAACAAACUUCGCUCACGUUUCAAGACGCGUGCGUUCGUUUCAAGCUGAUUUCUAAAUUUGUCUAGCAUUUUGUGAAGACACAGAAUAAUUUAAAAAGUGUUAUUUCAAGUGUUGUGUUAAAGUUUUGAAGUCCUUUGUGACUGAGCAGGGCAAUUAAUUACUUUGGCAUGUUUUUAGAUUUGACACCGAGUUGAAGACUGAUUUAUGACUAAAACUUAUUGUGAACCGUUUCAGGUAUCUGUACAAAGAAAAGAGAAGAGGAUUUGUCAUGGAUCCUGUUGGUAAGACUGUUCUCUUAAACUGA